GUUUUUGUGUUAUGUUAAACCAGGUUGUUUUUCAAUAAUAGAAAUAUACAUAUACCAAUUUAUUGUCUUGAAUUAAGUUUAAAAUGUCAAGAAUACCAACCUUAGGAACGGAAAAUCAAUACGGGGAAAAGGUGGACAAAUGUAUAGUGGAUCUUGGAAUUAAAACCGGAUCUGGUGUUCUAGUUGGUGGACUUUUCUCUUUACUCUUUAAAAGAAGGACUUGGCCCAUUACACUAGGAGCUGGGAUUGGAAUUGGAAUGUCUUACACAACUUGUCAAAAUAGAUUCAAAAAUUUUAUCAACAACAAAUUAGAAUCACAGAAUUCUGCCGCAUCUUCUGAAGAAGUUACAACAACUGUCGACCCCGCCCCUGACACGCCCACUCAAAGUGAACAGUCAGACAGUGGAUCAGCGUGACAAUGGAUCUUAUAUUCCUGACAAUGGAUAUCUUAUAUAUAAACUUGCGAAAAAUAUCAGCACGAACCUAUCAGCAAAAUUUUAUUAUGAUGUCACUGUAACAAUGUGCAACUAAAAUAGAACUAGGGAAAAUGUUUUAAAAGGUAAUUUUACAGUUGAAACACAACUAAUCAUACUCUAUGAACUGCAUCGAUGGAUUUUAUCGGUGUUAAACAAUUAUACUGGGCAAUAAUAUCGCUUUUUCAGUUUAUCGAUAAUAAAAAUUGUUAUAUGCAU